AGUACUAAGUACGUCAACCCGGAGACAAUUACGAAUUGUUUGUUACAUGUGCAGUUGUUGUUCAGAGUCUAACAAUUAACAGAAAGAAGAAUUACAAGAUUGGUUGUUUUUUUCUAAGUCGAAGUGUCUGCGCAUAGCGUCGUGUAUCAAAGUUCAUUGUGUUUAAUACCACGUGGCUGUCUUUUCUAUUUAUAAAAAUCACAGUAAGGUGUAGGCUUUCAAUGAAAAGAUGUGUGCCUGCAUGUGAGGCUAUAUUUGUACUUAACAGUUGUGUCUGGUUCGACGCUUUCAUGGAAUGUGGAUUUAAGGUUCCUCUAUACUUAAGUCAACAUGGAAUAUUUAAUCGCUAGUUAUAUCUAGUGAGUGUUUAUUUAGUGGUUUAAUCUCGAUGAUAAUCGGUUUUGGGUUUCAAAAAGUGUAAAUCCUUUGUACGAUGAAGAGGAGGCGAUCGCAGUUUCAGAGGGCCAUUUCACAAAGAAUAGGCGAAAGAGUGAACUAUGUCAACAGCCCCCACGUCAUCGCCAUGGUUGGUCUCCCAGCCAGAGGCAAAACCUACAUUUCAAAAAAACUCUCCCGUUACCUAAACUGGAUAGGAAUAAACACCAAAGUGUUCAAUUUGGGUGAAUACCGCCGCCACGCAACCACCGCCUACAAAAGCCAUGACUUUUUCCGCCCUGACAACCAACAGGCGAUGGCUCUGAGAACACAAUGCGCCCUGGAAGCCCUCCAGGACGUCAUCGGGUGGUUAGAAUCCGGUGGCGAAGUCGCCGUGUUCGAUGCUACUAAUUCCACGAUGGAACGACGAAGAAUGAUCCACGACUAUAUCGUUUCCAAAGGGUAUAAACUUUUCUUCGUCGAGUCGGUCUGCGACGAUCCUCAAAUUAUCGAACAGAAUAUCAAAGAAGUUAAAGUCAGUAGUCCGGACUACAUCAACAUGAACAAGGACGAAGUCCUGCAGGACUUUUUGCAGAGGAUUCAGCAUUAUCAAGAGAAGUAUCAGCCACUGGAUGAGGAUAAGGAGAAGGAUACGUCGUUCAUGAAGAUCUAUAACACGGGGGAAAAGUGUUUAGUACACAAACAUGAAGGGCACAUUCAGGCGAGGAUCGUUUAUUAUCUGAUGAAUAUUCACAUUACGCCCAGAACCAUUUAUCUUACAAGACACGGAGAGAGUGAACAGAACCUGGAAGGUCGAAUAGGUGGCGACUCAAAUCUCAGCCCCCGGGGCAAACUAUACGCCGCCGCUUUAGCAAAAUACAUCCAAGAACAACACAUUGAAGGUCUCAGAAUAUGGACGUCGUGGUUGAAGAGGACCAUUCAAACGGUAGCUGGUCUUAACGUCCCUCAAGAAAGGUGGAAGUCGUUGAACGAAAUCGAUGCCGGUGUGUGUGAAGAAAUGACAUAUGAAGAAAUCAAUGAAAAAUACCCUGAAGAAUUCGCAGCGCGAGAUGUUAAUAAGUUCGCUUAUAGGUACCCGAGGGGUGAAAGCUACGAGGAUCUCGUGGGUCGUCUGGAGCCUGUCAUCAUGGAGCUAGAACGGCAAGGUAACGUCUUGGUGGUGUCCCAUCAGGCGGUUUUACGUUGCUUGUUGGCGUAUUUCCUAGAUAAAUCUGCAGAUGAGUUGCCUUAUCUACGUGUUCCAUUACAUACCAUAAUCAAACUGACGCCGGUGGCGUAUGGGUGUCGAGUCGAGCAUAUUAAGCUGCCGAUCGAAGCGGUAGAUACACACAGAGAUAAGCCAAAGGAACCGGGGCAAAUCGCACAAGUCGAUCAACAAAUUGACUGUCAUUGUAAAAAUGAUGGUCAAUCGAACAGUCCGAAUAAGAGUUAACUAUCAAAAAUAUCUUAGGACAAUAAUAUUUUAUACGUUUUGUAGAUAUGAGACUAGUGUAAUCAUGCUUAGUCAGUUAACAACAUAAUGCAUUCAACGAUGAGUUAAUGUUAGUACACAGUGUGUUGUGUAUUGAAUUCAGUUAUGUUUAUCAUUCCUUGUAUCUUAUUUAUGUAAUUUAUUACUGUGGUUGUAUUGAUAUAUGAAUAAUGGGACUUCCAAACAACACA